AAAACAAUGAGCACUAACAUGAGCAAACUAAUAAAAGACCUCAAGAGUCUCUCUUCUAAAUCACCAGGAAUGAUGCCCAAUGUGAUAUCAGCUCUUACUUCUGGAAGAAAUGAAAUAGCUACUUUACUUAACCUUGAGAAAUCAAAUGAAGCAAAACUGACUGAAAUCUCAGAGUUAAUCAGAACAAGCCAAAAGAAGAAUCAACUAAAAGAAGCGAAUCUUCUCGCAUCCAAUGAAACCCUAAAGAAGGAGAAUUCAGAGUUGAAAGCAGAGCUGAAAAGCCUUACUCAAAAGUACUACUCGCUAAGUCUUAGGAGAGUUAGUCUCUUAAGUGAAAACUGAAAGCUGCAUUCAGAAAUAAAGCAAGAGGCUGGUAGAGGGAGGAAGAUGGAUGAGAAAGGAGUGAAGGGAAGGAAGGGGUGUUGAGGAAAGGAGAAGGGAUUAGAGGAUAGGAAUGAUCGAUUGUGGAGGAAAGAUGUGGAGAUUAAUGGAGUGAGAGAGGAGAGUAAGAUUGAGGUAAAGGAGAAGUUGGACGGAGGAGAGUCUUUUAAAGUGAAGGUUGAGAAGACUGAAAAAGGAAAGGCCCCACUUCAGCUUCAGUUACAAGAAGAAAUGCUAAAAGUUGAAGUCCUCACUGGAUCCUGUGCGAGCAAAGAAGAACAUAUAAAUAAGCUCAGUCUAACUAUCUCUCAAAUUAAAGAUACAAACGAGGUUCUUGAGAAGACGGUUCUAAAGCAAGAAAAUUAUAUUGACAAUCUUAAGUCUCAGAUUGAGCAACUUCAAGAGAAGCAAGUUAUCUUGGAGAAGAAUUCGGAAGACAAAGAUGCCACAAUCCAAGAGCUUCAAGAGAAAGAUGCUUUCAGAACCAAGCAGAUUCAAAAUCAUCAGCAAGAAAAAGAAAACUGGGUGAAUGACACUAAUUGCUACAAAACCCAGAUUGAAAAGCAGAAUGAGCUUUUGCUGAAAGAGGAAGACAAAAUCCAAGAUCUCACGAAUCGGAUCCAAGUAAAGGAGGAUGCUCUCACGAAGUAUGCUGAAGAUAAGCUUAAGAGUGAUGAGAAUGAAAAGAAGUUGCUUGAAGAACUCAGUAGCCAGAAAGAUUCUCUUCUCAAGAGCCAGACUGAAUAUGAUGAAAUCAAGCAGGAGAUCACCGAACUUGGAUUCGGAUCUGAAUACAUGGACCAUCAAGAGCUCAAGAAGAUCAUCAUAAACUUCAAAGACUUAUACAAUGAAUGAAAACAAUUAAAGCUCCAAACAACUCACCCCACCAACUUUCCAAUCGAAAAGACAAAGGUCAUAAGAGGAUUAUUUGAUGGCUUCCUACUUUUAUGGGUCCUUUAUCUAUUUCUAACAUAAAAAUUCACCCAAUAGUA